GCGCGUUUCCGCGCUGUCAUUGUUUCCGUUUCCACCUCCGAGAAGCCUCACGCCUCCACAUCUUUUUUUCUUUUUUGUUUUGCCUUGAAUCUGCUACGUUACGUGUUGUAGUUUGAUCUGUCUGAAGUUUGAGGAGAGUUAAAAUCUUUUUCGACAAUGGGGGACAUCGAGGCUCCCAACUCGAAUCGGCCGAGCCAGAAUGUCCUGCUCUCUAUUCUUCCGAGCAAAGAGUUCGCCUCCUCAAGGAAAGGAAUGCUGCUUAUUGCUGAAGUGGCUCUUUCCUUCAUAUCAUUCGUGUGUUUUGCAGCGUCCACAGCAGCAGCCUUUGUGACAGUCCCGCUGCUGGAGUUCCUGGCUGCCCUCUUCUUGUUGAUUGCUUACUCCACCAAAUUCAAUGAGAGGUUUAAGGGCUUCCUCUGGCCUCUUAUGGAUUUCAUGAGAUGUGUGACUGCCUCCAUUAUCUUUUUCAUCAUCUCCAUAAUUGCAGUAUCCAAAUAUGCAAACGGCUCCUCUAAGGCUGCCGGGGUGUUUGGGUUCAUUGCCACCAUCGUUUUUGCUUUAGAUUUUUACCUCAUCUUUAAUGAGCUGGCUAAUUUCCUAAAGCAAGGAGGGGAGUCCAAUGAUGAACCAUCAAGACAGCAAGAUGAGUUUUCGGACUCUGAUUCAGACUGAGACGUGGGGGAUCUUCACCAGCAGAUACUCUACGUUUGAUCAUACAAAGGAAACCUUUGUGGGAUCAUACUGAUUGUUUUUUGCAUUUAUUGGUAACUGGGGGACUUCUACAUAAAGUCUCCAAGAGCCAAACAUGUUUAAAGAGGAGAAACCAGAUUCUCUUCAGUGAUCCUCUUUGAAUAGGUUUCAUCAUCCAAGAGUGAAAAUAUGUUUCACACAUAAAUGAUGUCAAAGCAUUCAGGAAACAAGUCUAAACUGAUUUGUCAAAUAUGUUUUUUUUUUUUGUUUGUUUGUUUUUUUGGUUAGUAAUGCACCAGCCUUUACAAGUAGUUUUUUUUUUUAAAAAUGCAAAAAAUACUCUGUUCUUUUUCAUGCCCAAAGUCAUAUCCAAGUAUCAACCUGAUACUUUAAUUAUCAUAAAGCUGUGAAAUUUUUUGGUCUCAUUAUACUGGGUUCUUAGAAGCUGUUUGUAUGAUCUACAUGUGGGAGUGUAUGUCUAAAUCUGAAAUAAUGACUAAUAUUGAUUCUUGGGCAUGUACAGCGAUCCUAAUUACAUACAUAAUAAACUACAACACUAAAUUAAUGUCUUCUGUGAAUAAAAGUUUAGGAAUACCAUUAAUAAAAUUAUUUUAUAACAGAAGGUUCAACCUUUCAACCAACUGAAAAAAACAGGAGGCCUGCUGUAUGUAAGCAGGGUGUUGUCGUUUAUAAAUUUACAGCAUUACUAAAAAAAAAAUAAACAUGCUCAGUAUAUAGAAGAACACACUGGUUGGCUGGUUUCAACCGCUGUCAUAACUCGACAGGAUUAUAUUUUUUUAAUUUGACAAUAAUGUUUGCUUAUAUUCCUUUAACUUUGACUUUUGGGUUAACAAUGUCCCUGUGGCGUGUUGUACUGCAUGAUAACCUUUUGUGGGUCAUUGGAUUGUUAAUCCUGGAUGUCCUAAAAUGUUGGCGUUGAGUUUUUGUGAAUUUAAGCAACUGAAAUGGUGAUGUGUGCUCAAAUCUAUUAAGCUGACCCAAAGUUUAAGAGACUCUCUGCUCUAAUGUUUCAGCUUGUCUGUACUUCUUAUAACCUGUGUGUGUAUAUGUGUGUCAAUUGUGCAUUGAAGCCACUUUGUGCAGUAUUAUUUUUCUUGAAUGCUACAUAUGUGAAUCAUGUUUUUGAAAACCACA